UCCAUUUAUCCAUCGCAGAGAGAGAGAGAGAGAGAGAGAGAGGGAGAGAGCAGAGAGCGGAGACUUUGAGGAAGAAGAGGUGAGGGAAGGGGGAGGCAGUGACCAGAUCCUGAUGAAGCGCUUUAAGUGCUCCGCGGAGGACGAAAUGGAACUCGGCGAAGGAGGAGUAGAAGACGGCGAGCUUGGCGCCGGUUUCUUCUAUAACCCGAUGAUCCCGUCGUCGUUCGUCGUCUCCGACGCUCUCGAGCCAGACUUUCCCAUCAUCUACGUCAACGCCGUCUUCGAGACCUCCACCGGAUAUUGCGCCCAUGAGGUCCUCGGCCGGAACUGCCGAUUCUUGCAAUUUCGAGAUCCACGAGCACAAAGGCGGCAUCCCUUGGUGGACCCUAUGGUUGUCUGUGAAAUCCGUAGAUGCCUCGAAGAAGGGAUUGAGUUCCAGGGCGAGCUUCUCAACUUCCGGAAAGAUGGCACUCCCUUGGUAAACAGACUAAGGCUCAUGCCCAUAUAUGGGGAUGAUGGCAUCAUGACCCACAUCAUAGGUAUUCAGCUCUUCUCUGAAGCAAACAUAGACCUCAGCAGCUCUUCAUACCCAGUUUAUAAACAGAACACCUACCUCAAAUCCAGCAAUCCAGACACAGAUUCUUUGAUGUCCGAAUAUAACUCCAACGACCACCAGUCCGACUACUGCGGUAUUCUCCAGCUCUCGGAUGAAGUUUUAGCACAUAACAUCUUAUCACGCUUGUCGCCCCGAGAUGUGGCAUCGAUUGGAUCAGUUUGCACCAGAAUGCGCCAACUAACCAAGAACGAGCAUUUGAGGAAGAUGGUCUGCCAAAAUGCAUGGGGGAAAGAAAUGACCAUUAAAUUGGAGUUGAGCACCAAGAAAGUAGGCUGGGGCCGACUGGCAAGGGAGUUGACCACACUUGAAGCUGCCGCAUGGAAGAAGUUUACCGUUGGAGGCAGAAUAGAGCCUUCUCGUUGUAACUUCAGUGCCUGCGCAGUCGGGAACCGGCUUGUUCUUUUCGGAGGGGAAGGGAUCGACAUGCAACCGAUGGAUGAUACCUUUGUUCUCAACCUUGAGUCGGCGAAUCCAGAAUGGCGGCGUGUGAAAGUGAGCUCCUCCCCUCCCGGGCGAUGGGGCCACACUCUCUCAUGCCUAAAUGGCUCAUGGCUGGUGGUCUUCGGAGGAUGCGGGAGGCAGGGACUGCUCAAUGAUGUGUUUGUCUUGGAUUUGGAUGCCCAGCAGCCAGCUUGGAAAGAAGUUGCAGGCGAAGCUGCUCCCCUGCCGAGGUCUUGGCACAGCUCCUGCACCGUCGAUGGCUCGAAGCUUGUUGUAUCGGGCGGUUGCACAGAUGCCGGCGUGCUUCUCAGCGACACCUUUCUGCUGGACCUCACGAAGGAGAAGCCAACGUGGAGGGAGAUACCUUCAUCAUGGGCUCCUCCUCCUAGGCUGGGUCACACACUCUCAGCAUAUGGGAGGACUAAAAUAUUGAUGUUUGGGGGGUUGGCUAAGAGUGGUUCUUUAAGGCUGAGGUCCUGCGACGCAUACACCAUUGAUUUGGAAGAGGAUGAGCCCCAGUGGAGGCAGCUUGAGGCGAGUGGGAUCUCAGGAGUCGGUCCACCCCCUAGACUGGACCAUGUUGCAGCAAGCUUGCCAUGCGGGAGGAUCAUCGUCUUUGGCGGAUCCAUCGCAGGGCUGCACUCGCCAUCGCAGCUCUUCAUUCUGGAUCCAUCUGAAGAGAAGCCAACUUGGAGGAUCCUCAACGUCCCUGGACAGCCCCCGAAGUUUGCAUGGGGUCAUAGCACUUGCGUGGUUGGAGGGACUCGAGUUCUUGUACUGGGCGGUCGCACAGGGGAGGAGUGGAUCCUGAAUGAGCUGCACGAGUUAUGUUUGGCGAGCAGACCUGAGGCAGAUCCAUGACCUUGCUGUUAUGUUUUGAAGAGUGAGUGGAGGUUAGAGUUUUCUGUCCUUUGGCUUCGGGUGAUGUGCCUUUGGUUUCUGUAGUCGUCUCAUCUUCGCUUUCUUUGUAUGCGGCGACUCCUUUUAAGUAGGUGCUUUGUUGUAGUGGUCUUCCCUUUCUUCUUUGUUUUUAGUAGGGUAUCGUACAUUCCACUACCAUCUUUGAAAGAGUUUCCAAUGCAUUUCUUACAUAUAUAAUUUUCUUGAUGUUAAA